AUGGCAGAUUCGCAGCUGUAUUCAAAGGUUCCACUAGAGGUUGUCCUUCAUGUCUGGGAGCAGGCAAUGAAGGCCAGAGGUGUCCACCAUUUCCGUGUCUUUCCCAAAAUCAACGGUGUCAAUGACCAGAUCUUGGGCAUUGAGCCUUGGGCCACAGACACAGACGCUGCCAAAGACGUGUCAACAUGGAAUCACCGCUGGACCAUUGCACAUGUGGACCAUGCUGCCUACGAGAAAUACAGGCAAUGGUUGGCCGACACUACUGGCCAAGGCGCGCUCUGGGUUGCUCCCUUCCGGCUGAAGAAAGGACAACCUGGCAAGAUCGAUGAGCGAGCAAAGGUUCAUGCUAAGCAGGACCUAGUUGUUGUGACCUUCACUGGAAUAUACAUCAACUUCGACUUUCUUAAUAUAAGAGCUACCCAAAAUCAACUCCGAGGUCUUCGUUCCAUUGGUCUCAACUGGAAACAAACCCACACUGGCCACGACUGGCACAUCAUUCCGUUCAUGUGCCUCUGCCAAAACAAGCCUCAUGCGCACCUGAAGCACUGCCCUCUCAAGAUCGCCCAGUUCUUGCGCUUGUUUCCGGACCUUCGCCAUUUUUAUUUCAUCUACCGUAUCUGUGCCAAGGACAUCAAGCAGUCAGAGACACAGACCCGGGCCCGAGGCAACAUCAGUAACAAGGGCAAGGCGGUCCAGUGCAAAAAGAGUGGGGCAGUGAUCAGUGGUAGAGUGACCAAGUUGCAGCCGGUAAAGCUCACGGCGAAUGAGAAGAUUGACAACACCCUGUCCGCUCUUCGCGUUUAUGCGGAGAAAAAGGAACUCGAGGUCUGCUCUGACUCGGAACGAAUGUUUAUCGAGGUCGAUGAGAAGGGCCUGGAGCGAUUUGUCGACCAUAAAGGCCUGCUCGACGUCAUGAAACGACUUCAGACGGCAUAUCGAGCUGUCAACCGCCACCGCUCAGCUGCGCAGAAGCUGGAACUCGGUAAGGCAAAGUUUCACUUUUUAGUCUGCCGAGACCACAUGUCGAGAAAGUGA